AUGUCGACUACUAGACUACUACCCAAGGAGGGGGACGGCGUGAAACGGAGGGUUGGGUUGCGGUUUGGCGCCGUGGCGGCGUUGAAACACUGGUCGAGACGUAGCCUCAGAAGGACCAAGUUGAUCGACUGUGAGGCUGUUGUGAGUGAUGGGUCUGCCUUUCUCCUACUUGAUGGAGUAGCUAGAGGGGGCCAGAAUGGUAUGGAAAGGGUAAAAGCUUCUUCAGGCAACCGGGGAACUUGGAUCUUCUUCCCCUCCAACUUGACUGGAUGGGAUGGAAUUUCCCUUAAGUUUCGGUCUCUCCCACUGGUGGGUGUUGUUGGUGGUGGUGGUUUCUCCAUUGUUGGUUCAAGUGCUAUAUUUAUCAAUUUCACUACUCCCCUGGGUCUUCAAACCUCCCUAAUCUACGACUACUACAGCUUGUGGCUUAUCUGCUAUCGAGUGUCGUUCCCUGGGUCGGUGCCUUCUAUCGAUAACUUGCUCCACGUUUUCCGGGUCCUCUUCAACAAUCCCGAGAUUUGCGCAAGCUACGAGGGAGACACCAUACAACGGAAUUAA